ACAAUUGUUUACUUCUGUUUAUUAUUGAGUUUUGACAUUUUGUUGUAUUUUUUUGUUUACCAAUAUAUUCCUCGUUUUACGAAAAUUUUUUUACUUUCUUUUCAUGCAUUUUACCUUCACAAUGAAUAUAUUUAUAAUUUAAAAUAAGGGGCCUUGCGGGUCGUAAAAUCGACAAAAUGUCUUGCAGUUAUGCUGAUGGUCUUUCUGAGUAUGAUGAUAAGGGGGUACUUGGGGUCCCAGAGAAAUUCGAUUCCGAAGACGACGUUUACGAAAAAAGCCUUCUAUUAACCACGUGGAUUCAAGAGGCGAAACAUGUGGUGGUACAUACUGGGGCAGGCAUAAGUACAUCGGCGGGCAUCCCGGAUUUCAGGGGCCCCAAUGGGGUGUGGACUCUCGAAAAAGAGGGGAAAAAACCCGACAUAAACAUCUCGUUUAAUGAGGCCGUGCCCACAAAAACCCAUAUGGCCUUAAAAUAUUUAAUCGAGAAAAAUUAUGUUCAUUACAUUGUCAGUCAGAACAUCGAUGGGCUCCAUUUGAGAACCGGAGUGUCGCGGACCCAUUUGUCAGAGCUGCACGGGAAUAUGUUUAUAGGACAAUGCGAUAUUUGCGAAAGUCAGUUUGUUAGACACACCGCCACAAGUACUGUAGGACAAAAAUAUUUGGGAGAGGGUUGCAGGAGGGACGUGAGAGGGCGCACCUGUCGUGGCAAAUUAAAAGACACAAUUUUGGAUUGGGAGGAUGGGUUGCCAGAGAGGGAUUUGGAUAUGUCCAAUUUUCAUUCCAGUUUGGCAGAUCUCAACAUUUGUCUUGGUACAACGUUACAAAUAGUUCCUAGCGGAAACCUGCCUUUAAGAUGUCAAAAGUUUGGAGGCAAAGUCGUGAUAGUAAACCUACAACCAACAAAACAUGACAAAAAGGCUGAUUUAAUAAUAAAUUAUUAUGUGGAUGAAGUGUUUGAGCAAAUAAUGCGGCAUUUAUGCCUGGAAAUACCUGAAUAUUCGCCAGACUUGGACCCGACGAAAAACCAAGUGCCGUACGCUUGUAUCAGUUGGGACAUUUCCAAAGAACAAUUGUUAAAAUGGAAGAAACUGUAUGAGGAGAGAGUGAAACAUUUUCGGGAAAAUAAAAAACCCGCAAACUGCAAACAAACAAAAAGAAAAGUGAAAAAGGAGGCGAAGAAUGACGAUAAAAAAAUCAAAUUUAACGGGGAUUCGUUUCAAAUAGGCACCACCACAAUAAUUAGACGUAAGAGGGUCGAAGAGAAGAAAUUAUGUAUAGAUCUUACUUUAUUGGACAGUGAUAAUGAAAUUGUCGAAUAGUGCCGACUUAUUGUGUUUCAUACUUUUUAUUUUAGAUUUAAGUUUUCUUUUUUAAACCUGGUUUUGUACAAUAGAAGAGUAUGUAGUAAUAAUAAAACAACAUUGCGGAAAU